AGGCUUGCCUCCUGGGGUCUUUUUGAACCCCUGUUGGUGGCGAGAGGCAAAGCCCAUCAACACACUUGGAAGACGCACUCCAGCUUCGAUAUUAUGAACUUUUAAUGAAGAAAUAGUUGAGCCUGACAUAAUGGAGGUACUGAUAAGAGAGUUAAGUAGCCGGCCCCUGUCCUUAAGGCAGCUGGAGGAGUGUCUUGGGCCUCAUCUCCCCAAAAAGCAGAUGAGCGGAGACCUUCCAUGGGUGGAGAUCACUAAGCGUUUGGUCAACAGGGCUAUUGACACUACAUCUGAAAUACUAUUAAGUAAUGUCUCCAAAAUAAUUGAGAAUAAUUUAAAGACAGCAGUGCGGAGAGGGCUAAAAUACCCAAACCGAAAUGGGCGGAAUUACUGUAACCUCCUCAGCAGUCUGAUCACUCACGUUCAUCUUGCAGUCGAGAGUUCGGAGUUAUCAGGGGCUGAGGUCAACAGAUUGAUCUCUCUUCUCCUUGCUGCAGUGAUUGACACGGAGGUUGUGUCUGUCAGAUCUGGUAAAGAGCCUGCAACAAUUUCAAGGAUCUCUGUCAAGUUAAAUAUAAUGCUAGGUCACUGUGAAGAACGCAUCCUUGAUACCCUCCUUCAUUGCAGAACUCUUAUCUACAAGAGUGCAAGACAACCACAGAUAUUUGUCCCAUUAAUAACGCGUCUAUUGUCUUCGGUGAAAGAUAGAAGAGCAUUGUCUGCACAAGUGUACCUCAAGUACCUAUUGCUGGCCAAACUACUGCUCUUCAUGACCAAAAAGGAGGAGAUUAUUCAGACGAGAAAACACAUUGUGAAGUCUGUCAAGCUCCCAGAAACGUUCGCGGACUGGGCAGUUCAAAACAAAAUUCCGUGGCUGAAGCUCAAAGUAUGGAGCACUCGAUUAAUACUCAAACACAUGAAAGUUGCAGCAGCUCUUAAGACAUUGUUCAAUGAUGAACCAACAUCUGUCCUGGAAACUGGUUCUCAAAAUCCAAAGAAAGAAGAUAUUAUAGAUUUUCCCAAGGCAUCAGAUGAUGGGACUAUACCAAAUGAUUGUGGAAAGGCGAAGAAAAAGAUCAAUAAAAAUACAUCAGGGAGAAUUCAUGAAGAAGUGGCUAACUCCAAAUUAAACUCAAAGCAAAUUAUUGUACAAAAUACAGGAAUUGAACAAGAAAGCUUAAAUGAUGUGUUGACAAUCCAUAAACGGAAAUGUGCAAGAGAAGCCGCUUUUAGGACGGACACGAAAGAAUGUCCGAAAGUGGAAAAUAUGCCAACGUCAAAUGCGCGUGAAUCACAGCAGGAGGUGGAUAAUAAAAAGAAAGAGUUGCUUGACGUGUCAGUCAAGGGUAAGGAACGCAAGGAUGGUGGCUCUGUGGGAAACAAGGAAAAUGAAAAAGAUGUUGGCUUCGGAGGUUUCCAAGAUACAAGAAUUGGUGUCAAGAAGAAGAAGAAGAAGAAGAACAGAAGGUCAAAUGAGACGACAGUUGAAAUUGAGAAACACUGCAGCGAUACUGAUAAUAUAGUAGACAGUCAAAAUGUAAGGGUGGCCAAGGGCACGGACACUUCUGAGGUACAGGAAAAUGUGAUAACAUCAAGGAAAAAGAUAAAGUUGCCGGAUGUAGCAGGAAGUGUAGGAAAAUACACAAGUAAUGUUGAUGUUGUGGUAAAUAAGAAGGACAAUGUGAUAUUAGGAAAACCUUUAAGUACAGAAGUUAAAGAGACACGGCAGAAGAAACGCAAAAGGAAAAAACUAUCUGAUACGACAAUGGAGAAGUGCCCCAGUGAUGCAGAUACUAAACUGGACAAGAAGGAAAAUGGAGGAGUGAGAGAUGGAUCAGAUUUACAUAUUGAUGAGAAGAGACAAGGAGCAGUAGUGAAGACAAAGAAAAGAAAGUGGGUUGAUAGUAUUGUAGAGGAUGGGAAAAACACACACGAUACGGAUAUUUUGGACGACAUAGAAAAUGUUAAGUUAAGAAAGAAAUUAGAUAUAGGCAUUUGUAUGAAACAAAAGAAACUUAAGAAAAAGAAUGAGGAACCUGAUGUAACAGUGGCAGAAGAACGUGCACAAGACGCCAUCACGUGCACAAAAGAAAAUAUAAUAAGCAAAUUUUUGGGUACAGACAUUCAUGAGACAGAGAAUGAGGUGGCUAAGACAAAGAAAAAGAAACAGUUAUCCAAUUUAAUAUUAAAGGAAAAUAAACACGCUACUGAUGGGCAUUCUAGGGAAGACAAGAGAGGCAAUAUAAAAGUGGAUAAGGUUGCUGGGUCAGAAAUUUACGAGACACAACAAGAUGGGGUCAAGACAAAGAAAAGGAAAAAAUUACGUGAUAGGAAAUUAGAGAAGUACACUGGUGACACCAAUACAGAGGCCGAUAUGAAAGAAAAUGUAAAAGUGAGAAAGACUUUCGAUUUAAGUUCUGACGAUACACAACAAAAACUAGUUAAGAUAUAUAAGAAGAAAUGGCUGUUGGAUAAUGUAAAGGCAGGAAAGCAUACAAAUGAUGAUAGUUCUAGGUUAUCCAAGACCAUCAAUAUACAAAUAGGAAAAGUGUCAGGUGUCGACGAGACACAAGCGGUGGCGGUUAAAACAAAGACACACAAAAGAACGCUUAACAAGACAUUGGAGGAGGUGCACACCAAUGAUGCAGAUAAUAAGAGGAACAGCAAAGGAAAUAGAAAAAUGAAAUGGCUUUCAAAUAUUGACAUGGAAGAGGGACAAAAAGUAGUAGCUCAGAGGAAAAACAUGAGAACAGUAACCGAUGUUUGUGAUAAGACUGUGAAAGACUCCGAGUGUCAGGAUGGUGCGGUAGGGGAUGAAAAAGAUGUGACUGUGAAAGACAAAAAGGGGAUGAAAAUGGGACAGCUUAAAAAUGUAAAGAGAGCACAUUUAGAGGUGGAGGGUUCUUUGUCAGUCAAAAAGAAAAAGAAAAUCAACACUGUUGUUGAUACAAAACUUGGUAAAUGGGAAUCUUUUGCAGUAAAGAGAAAGUGUAAGAAGGUCAAGAAUACAGAGACCUCAGGUCAUAAUAUAGAAGCUGGUACCAGUGUUGAAAUGCCAGCUUGUGAGGACUUCCACAGACACGAGACCAAGUCAGGCAGUACACAUCCUGCAAAUCUUUUUGCGUCGAAGAAUAUUUCCUUGCAAGUGGGCCAUGUGAAAAAGACGCACGGUUGGGAUGAGGUUCAUCCUCAUUUUAAAUCACGAGUUAGAACUCUGAGUGACCCAGUACAGGAUACAAAAUCUUCAUUUAAUCUACCCAGGGUUAGGAGGUUGAGUGACCAAUUGACAGAAAGGAGGAAGAUGCUAAUGGAAACUGGAAUGAGAACACCAAGUGAUGAAAAGGGUCAGACUUUCAAAUUGAAUAAGCGUAAAUUGGCCAGUUUGCGACAGAAAAUUAGAAGAAAUAGUAUUAAUUUCACUGUUACAAAUUUAGAGCCAAGGAGUCCUCAGAACAGAUUAAAUGUUAAAUGUGGAGAAACAAGUAAAGUUGAUGAGCUCAUUGAAAAGGAAGCUAGUUUAAGAAAGGAUUCAUCCCAAGAAAAUAGAUAUGCUUUAGCAGUUGGGUCUUCGGAUGGUGGUGAACUGUGUGAUGUGGUGGCUGGUGGUAAACCAUGUGAUGUGGUGGCUGGUGGUAAACCAUGUGAUGUGGUGGCUGGUGGUAAACCGUGUGAUGUGGUGGCUGGUGGUAAACCGUGUGAUGUUGUGGCUGGUGGUAAACCCUGUGAUGAAGUUCCUGAUGAGAUACAUAGCUGUGAUAUUGAAGUGCCUGAUAAUUUGGAUAGCAAUGAUUGUAUUUUACUUAAUGAUACCCAUGUUAGGAGUGACUUGAGUUGUGCAACAGACAGUUGCAUUAAUGAAGCAUUUGACAAUUUGGAUAAAUAUCAACUGGAUAGCAGUAAAGCUGACAGUGAUGUGGAAGAAAUUAAAAAUGAGGCGAGAGAUACAUCUGUGAGUAUUAAUAAAGAAAUAGAUCUGAAAUCAAAUUAUCUUAAUAGUAAAGGUUCAGAAGUCUUGGUUACAGAUGAGAGUGAAAAUGUCAAGGAGUGUCAAAUUGUGGAUAUCUCCGAGGAAUGCCCAACACCACCUCCAAAGGGUAUUGAAGAUCCAGAUUCUGAAGUAGAAAUCCUUGAUGAAGCAUUUGUAGUUAAGAGUGUACAAGCACUUACUCUUAACAAUGAAGCAAGUGACGUUGAUGAGGCCUCGGGGACUGACAGUGAUAUUAUUCCAUGUGAUGAAACUGCCAAGAUGUUCACUGAUGAAGAGAUACAAAUUUACCAUACCAAACUAAAGGAAGAUGAAAUCCAGAGAAAAGUUGAAGAUAUUUUGAAAGAAGAAGACCGGGAACUGAAACAGAAAAUGAUAAAGGAUGAAAUUCUUAAUGACACAAAUGCAGAAGAGGAAACAGAUACAAAUAAAAACCUAAGUGACCCAGACCCAGAAAUUGAGAAGAAGGUUGGUGGCCCUGUAGAUUUUGUUAGCAAGAUGAUAAACAAGCUCUACAAGCCAGCUAUUGGGGUGGAGAGGAGCGACGACGAAGAGAACAGUGAUCUCGAGUCGAGCAGUGACGAUGGCAUUGAGGUGAUCCUGCAGACAAUCGUGAAAGAUACUGGCAGAUUAACAAGUAUUGACGGACUACGGGAAAGAUUUACAGGUGGUACGUGUAUCAAGGAAGAACUAGGUGAAAGUGAUGGCAGUGGAAAAAAUGAAGAAGUGCAAGGAGGUAAAACCCUUGAGAAUGGACAUAGCAGUGAUGAAAAAUCUUCAGUCAAAGGUUCAGACAUUGUAGUGCUUUCUAAUGAAAAUUUUGCAGAAAGCAAUAACCAAGAAACUGAAACUGUUGAUAAAAAUUUGUUUAAAGUCAGCAAAGAUCAAGAACCUGAAAACAUGGAUAGAGAAAAAUCUAACUUAAGUAAAAACCAAAAUAUUGAACUCUGUGAGGUAGUUAUUGUUGCUAAUCAAAUUGUGAAAGAAGCUAAUGAAAAUAUGAAAUUAGAGAACACUGAAAACGAUGAACAAUUAGCAUCCCAUUCAUCAAGUCAAGAGGAGUUAACUGACCAUUGCCUCAAUAAUAAUGAAAAUGUAAAUGUGUCCCGCUUACCCAAUACCAAGAUGCAAAACCAAGAUGUGGAAAGGGAUUGUAGGAAUUUAAUUGUUAAAUUAGAAGGCAGUGAUAAAUCUGAAUUGCCAACAGAAGUAAAACCAACAGGAGAGGAGUCAUUGGAUGUAUGCAAGAACCAAAGGGAUGUAUGUAGCUUUAGCCAAAAGAAAACCAGUAUUGAGGAUGAUGCUGUCAUAGAUAUUAUAACUGAAGUAACCAAGAAUGAAGAUUCAGAUGGAUAUGGGGAUGCAUCUUUUGAAGAAGGUAAAACAAAAUUUGAAGCAGAGUUUAGUUCUACAAGCAAUCCCGAUAUUGAGGAUGUGAAAUCAGAACUAACAAAUAUUCCGAUGUCAAACAGUUACCAGCAGACUUCUCGUGACGAGAAUCAUGUCAGUAAAGGUUCUGUUGUUGAUGCUCCUAAUUCUGUAAAUGAUCCAUUGUGUUGUCCAAUAAUGGAACCACUGCAAAUCAGUGAUGAUUCCCUAGAGUUGAGUAUAUAUAAAGUAGAAACAGACACUACAUUGUCUAAGCAAAUAGAUGCUGGAAAUUCGUCUGUUCGUAGUAACGUAUUCGGCUGCAGUCUUGGCGAUGAUCGGCCAAAUAAUAAUGAUGACAGAACAACAAAUGGAGAAUUGGAGUCCAUUACAGAGGAAUCUGAGGGGAAGUCUAUUGAAGGUGCAGACGAAGCUUAUGAAGCAAGUAGUGAUGCUUCAGAAGAUCCUACACCCAAGGUGCGAAAAAGAGCUCGACUUUUGAAAAGAAAUUUAGCAUCUCAUGGAAUUUUGCAAGAGGCUUCAGAUUCUGAUGCCUCUCCAAUUCAAAGAACUCGGAGGAGGAGGUUGUCAGAAGUAGCUGGUAAUGUCCAUUUGAGACCAAGGAAAAGGAGUCAGAGUUGGUGUCAAGAGACGUCGAACUUAGUAUCCGGCUCUUCAGUUGCUGUUCAAACCUGUUUAUCAGAAUCUGCUGUUGAUGGGAAAAAAUGCACAAAAAGUAGUGGCACUGUAGACCCAAAGACCCAUAAUGAAUCUGAUUGUAAAAAGGGCAGAGCAUUUUGCAGCUCAAGUAAUAAACAAAACAGUGUGGAUACCUCCUCUGUUAAAGCAAUUAAUUUAUUAAAUACCAUGUCUUCCAGUUCUUCUAUGUCUUCAGAAUCAGUGAUGGGAUCUCCGGUGAAGGACGUAGAUUGUCGAACUAUUAAGGAUGUGAUGGAUCCCGAGUUGCAAGACAGUUCAACAGACUCGUUAGUUGCUAAAGUGAGAAGAUCAAGUCGACAGGCUAGUAAGCUUGCAAGCCAUCUGCAAUCACACAGUGAAAAUGUUGAAUUGAGUUGUAUCUCGUCAGAAACACUUGAAGGUGUUGCUGAUAAGCUUGUUUCAGUGUCUUUAAAUCAGAACCUGGACUUGGAAAAUGAUCUUGCAUCAGAAAGUAAAGGUUCUGAAAUUGAAGGUGAUCUUGGAUCAGAAAUUGAACAGUCUGGAACUGAAGGUGAUCUUCCAUCAGAAAAUGAACACUCUGGAAUUGUAGGUGAUCUUCCAUCAGAAAAUAUACAGUCUGGAGUUGUAGGUGAUCUUGCAUCAGAAAAUAAACACACUGAAAUUGUAGGUGAUCUUGCAUCAGAAAGUAAACAGUCUGGAAUUGAAGGUGAUCUUGCAUCAGAAAAUAAACAGUCUGGUGUUGAAAGUGAAAGUUUAAAAUCAGACCAUCUUGAUUUUGGUCUUGAUGAAAUUUCUUCUGAAAGCUUCCCUAGAAAGCUGAAAGCUUCCCUUCCUCAAAGAAGGGAAGAGAAGGAUCAGUCAGGAUUUAUAAACAAGAUUGAGGGAGAACUGACUGCAGAGCAAGAGAUUAAUCAGUCUGGUGGGGCUGGACCUGACAAGACCUCAGACAUUGGCGAGAGUAAAACUGCAAGUGAACAGCUAGAUGAAGGAGAAAUUCAUACAAUUGAAGGUGAAAUUUUAGAUGAUAGCCGAGAAGGGGAUAGAGAGUAUUUCGAUGAAGAGGAAGGGGAAGAAUUAGAGGUAUUGUCUACAUCAGGGACUGAUGAAAAUGAUGAAACUACAUGCUGUCAUUAUUUGGGAAAUGUAGGGGUGAGUGACAGAGACAAAACUGGUGUCCCAACAACUCAGAUGAUGCUGAGAUCACUGUUGCGUCGACGCUCAUCCAAGACCAAAACAAAGAGCGGUACGUUAGAUAUCGUUAAAAGGGGUGAUAUUCAUCCAUCUAUACCACAUUUAAAAGUUCAUUGUGUUUCCGAGGCAGUUUUAACCAAGGAAGUACUUAUCAGCCCAGAAGUAAGUGAUGAAGAGUGUGAAUUAGUCUCACCUGGACUUAAUGAUGCAAAUGGGGCAAAAAGCUUUCCAAUACCCGAGAGUUUAGCUACUAGUCCUAAGAAGAUCCCGUCUCCCAUUACCACACCAAGUCGUGGUCCUAGGAAGAACAGCGGAGGCAUUCGAUCUCCACAGAAGGUGAUACCAGAAGAGCAAGAUGAAACUACCCUUCCUAAUGGUACGUGUGAAAGUGUACCAGAUGCACCUAAUACUCCUAUAGCUAAGGCUCAUUGUUCUUUAGCCUUGCAAGAUAAAAUAAAGAAUAAGUACUCUUGUAGUACUUCUGACAAAAGUACAUUGACCAGACAGCUGUCAAAAACAGCACUUGAGUUACCAAAGUCACCAAAAUCUCCUGUAAGAAGUAAAGCCAGUAGUAGUAGCCUUGAAAUAUCAACUGAUUCACCAAAGAGAAAAUCUCCAUCAAUGAAGAGCAACUCACAAGUGGAGAAUGUUGCUCAGGAAAGGUCAGUCACAAAAGUAAAUAGAGGGAGAAAAUCGAGCUCUUCUGAAGAUUUGCAAAACAUUUUGGAAACUGACGACAGUUCUUCUCCUGGUCACGCAGUUCGGAAGUCCAGGCGCAGCAAGCUGAGAGAGCCAUCAGGUACUCCCUCUGUGAUUGAAGGUGAUUCUGACAAGAGUGUGUUAGUUAAUGUUGGUUCACCAGAAAAAAUACUCAUAGACUCUGCAGAUAAAACUUGUACAGUAUCAGAAGAUUCAAGUUUCAGUAAAUCUAAUUUUGCAUCUGAAGAAUUAAUUGUUACUGGCAGAACUAGUUUUGAAAAUGAUGAGGAUACAAAAGUAUCAGAUGGAGGGUUACAGGAGCUAAAUGAGGAGAGAGAUGACUUGUCUACAAACACCAAAAAUGACUCUCUCGUCCAUUUAAAUGCACGCCAGACUGAAUCUGCCCCUGAACAAAACUCCUCUGGUAGCUUAUCUGGUUCAUCCACAGGGUGCUCCUCUCCCUUAAGAAGAAGCACUAGAUUGAGAACCAGUGUACGCAUACCACCACUUGGAGCUAAGAAAAAAUCAGUUGGUGUAACUCAUAACGAGAAAAGUACCAAAGAAGAAGUGACUAACAAAGUUAAUAGAGAAAGUAAGUCCAGUACGGCAGUCUCUGAAAAUGUCGAUGAGCUGUCUUCUAAAAGUAACGUUUCAUUAAUCACUAAAACUAGAUCCCACGUAUCAGUCGUGAAGUCGUCAUCAAGGACGGAUGGUGUGCCGACAAAUAUAUCCCCAAAGAAUGAGUUACCAGCCGGCUCAACAUCUGAAGAGGAAAAGUCCAAAGUUAAGUCUGCAAAUUCAUCAAUUGGAUCAUCUCCCAGGCUUCACAAGUCAGUUAUGCUGUCAUCUUCCUGCAGGGAUGAGUCAUCUGGUGAGAUAAUGUCUAGGAAUGAAGUGCCAGUUAGAUUAUUCUCUUUGAAAGUUCUCUUAGACAAAAGUGAGGUGGCACCUGUAUCGCCAAGUGGAAACUGUUCUCACACUGAAUCAUCCCAGGCAUCUGCCCAAGUACCUGUAUCGUCCAAGAAGGAUGGAUCACCAGAUGCGUUGUCCUUCACCAAGGGCAGGUCACCAGGCAAUUCAUCCUCCAGCAAGGGCAAGUCACCAGGCAAUUCAUCCUUCACCAAGGGCAGGUCACCAGGCAAUUCAUCCUCCAGCAAGGGCAAGUCACCAGGCAAUUCAUCCUUCACCAAGGGCAGGUCACCGGGCAAUUCAUCCUCCAGCAUGUGUAGGUCACCAGGCAAUUCACCCAGCAAAAAUGAGUUUUCAAAUUUACCAUCUAGCCAAAAAUCACCACUUACGUCUUCCUUGAGCAAGUAUGAAUCGCUAAGUAGGUCAUCAUCCAGUUAUAAUACACCAGCAAAAUCACCUUCCAGUCUCAAGAUGUCUUUAAGGAUGGUCUAUAAGAGUGAGACACCAGAUAAGUUGUCUUCAGAUGAGAAUGAUAUACAUUCUGGCUCAUCCUUGAAAAGGAGUCGGAAACCUUCCCGAUUAUCCUUGAGUAGAUAUGAAUCACCAGUCAGUCUCAAAUCUCCCGCUAUAUCAUCUUUGAGUAAGGAUGAAUCAUUCAGUGCAUCUUCGAGUAUGACUGGUGCGAAUUCCAGGCCAACUUUAAGCAAGACUGUGACACCACCUUUCCCGUCAAUAAUGAACAAAGAUGAAUCUUCGGCAGAGUCCCUCUCCAGUAAAUCAUCAGCCAGUUCAUCUGAUAUUGGGGGAAAGAGCGAGUCAAAUGAUGAAGGUGGAGCAGCAGUAGUUGGAGUACGUUCCUUGCGACGCCGCCAAGUGACGUACUCGGUGAACAAAAAAAAUUUGAUGUGAAAUGAAGCUAUAAUGUAAUCAGUAGUGUAAAGGUGUAGCUACUAACAUUGACUGAUGGUCUAUUUAGCUGGUCUGGCAUGAGUCCAAGGGGCUAGUUCUGACAAAUUGGUGAAUGUUGAAUGUGGUCAAUUGUACUUUGUGGUGUGUGGAUUAAGCUGGCUGGUUCCACAUGCAUUUCUGUUUUGCUCUGAAAAUGUUUAUUCCUUCUUUAGUUACAUUAGUCUUGAUUAACAUGUGCUUUGUAGAUUGUGUAAGUGAAAAGUUAUUAGUUUGUAUUCAGGAGUCAGUCACUAUAGUAUCUAGAUAUUAUGGUUUUCUCUGCAUAUGAUUAGAAAAAUUUAGCUUUGAGUACAGUAUUUAGUUACCAGUAGUGGUAUUAAUCCAGAGAUUGGUUUACUUGUAUGUAAUAUAGGGAGCUGACAGGGGGUAGCCGAUUGGUAUUAUGGGCACCUUGGUAUCACGGGCACCUUGGUAUCACAGGCACCUUGGUAUCACGGGCACCUUGUGGUUAGUUGGAAAUAUUGUUGAUUCAAAAAUCUGGGCAAAGUAUUUAGUAAUGAUUGCAGGUUGAGAUAAAGUUGCAUCUUGUAUUUUUUAAUGAAUUCAUUGUUGCAUCCCAGUUCUUGAUGGAGCCUCAAAGACAUGUUUCAAGUUUCGUGUAAUAUAGGCGUGUAAAAUAUCACUAGACGUUUGUAGUGUACUUAUCAAUGUGAAGUUGAUCAUGAUGGUGCUAUAGUAACUUUAACAUAAGAUAUGUAUUUUUUUUUUAUUUUUGCAAAGCAAUUUCCUGAAGGCUUCAUACAAAUUUAUCAUUGUGUUUUCUUGAGUAAACAGUUAAAAGAAUUUAUAGAUUUCUUGUUGCCAUAGGUGGUUUUGUGGGGAAGUAAGUCGACUAUGUAAUUAUAACUUGAACAGCAGGAUUUCAAAUGUUCACUUUCAUAUACAGUAAAUGUUAUUUUCCAGAGUUGGAAUGUUUAAAAAAAAGUUAGCAUUUCUUGGUAUUUGUCAGGCAGGAUGUCGGUAAUUAGUUAACGUUAUUCUUCAUUCCAAUCCAGUCCGAAAUCAUCAUGAUCUUAAACUCCGUGUCCCUGUUAUAAUGUUCCAGUAUACUGCGCGCAUAUAUAUAUAUAU